AUGAAAGCCAGGGAUCCAUCUCUGAAGAGCCAAAUCGAAAAGGAGUCCAUCGCACUGUUUAAGAAAAAUUUGCUCAAGGAAAGCUACAACUGGUUCAAAGACACGGAUUACUUUGAAAAGCUGAAGAGUGAAAAUAAGUACAGCAAUGGUGAGAACGAGCAUGAGACCAAAAAUGUGGUAACGGGUCGUGUACAACUGGGUUGGGGUGGGACAUUUUUCCUACUCUGUUGUGUCGUGGUUAUCUGUGACAACUCAGGAUGGCAAUCAUGCAACCAUUACAACAACAGCAUUUUCUACUCCCCAGAAGCAUUGACAGUAGUGUAUUCCAUCCUCUUCAUAGUGUACGCAUUUCCUUUGUUUAUUUUGCACCAAUGUUUGGGGUUGAUAUCUCAAGGGAAUUAUGUAAAGUCUUGUAGAAUGCUAUCAUCCCAUAUGGGAGUGUUAUCCAUUUUUUCCCUCUUCGGAACAGUAACCUUUUGUGCGAAGGAGAUAUGCAAUUUUUCAGUGGAGCUUUUACAAAACGUAUUGAGAAUAGUUCACAUGGAAAAUGGGGAGAAGAAGUAUGGAAUGACCAAAGUUUUUAUUGACUUAACUAAAAGAGAAAUGGACGAUUGUUCCCUAAUGCCAGACACAAUUUACUUGAACUCUAUCAAUCAGUGUAUUUCUUUUAAUAAAAAUGUCAUGGUCAAUUUUUAUGAAAAUUUAUGGUUUAUUGGAAAUAAAGAGAAUUACAUCUACAUCAUUUUAAUAGCCACGAUUUUUAUCCUCUUCUGUUACUUUAUUUUAUUACGAGAAAAUUUCCGGGUCUUUAAAUUUUUCAUUUUUGUGAUUAUCGUUAAUUGGAUAAGUAGCAAGUCUGUCGUCAUAAUGAAUACCUUCUUCUUUUACAUUCCUCAGCAGAUCAAAUUAUAUCAAGAAGUUUUAGAAAUAUUUGAAGAAAUUGGUAUAAUCAAAUUGACCAUUUUUUUAUAUGGUACCAUAGCUAGAAGUUCUUCCAUUUUUAUCCUCAGUACUUUUGCUUCCUACUUUCACACAAACACAAAUAUUCUCAAAAUUACAAUGUACACUUUUGCCUUCUACAUUUUGAAUAUGUAUUUUUACUUGAAGAAUGAGGCCCAUGAGUACUACCUCUAUAACAGCAAAAAUUUAAUCACCUCGAAGGAAUUCAAUUUUAUCAAGUGCAAUACUUACAUUAAUUUGUUACAGGGGUUGGCAGGGGAUCAAAGGACCGAAGGCAAAACAGAUAUCCCUUCUUCGUAUGGGGUUACCCAUUUUACAGAGGAUGAUAAGUAUGCUGUUUGGCAGAAGCUGUGCCUAUUUUUUAGCUCCUACUCCUUUUUGUUCUCAACCAUAUUUAUUGUGCUUAUGCAAUUGUUGGGACCAUUCAACAUUCUGAUGGAAUGGAGAAAAAGUAAUUCUCAUGCAGACGAAGAAGAUAGCAAUGAAGAACGGGAAAGGAAAAUUUACACUUAUAAGUCGUUAGUUAAACGUUACGAGAGGGAUCGUAUAAAUCGUUCCGUUUCAAAUAAUAGGUCUUCUUUUCUGUCCAAGAGAGGUAGGAGCAGCACGUGCAGUGAUAAAUCCACUGGGAGGAGGAACCCAAAUGGGAUAACUCACAUAGACAGAAAAAAUAGUCAUAAAAAAAAGAAGAGAAAAAAAAAUUUUUUUCGGUUGAAUUUUUUUUUUAAAGGGAGAAAAGUUGACAGAAGGGGGGAGGAGAAUGAGGAACGCUCCCUCUACCUGUCCAGGAAAAGUAGCUUCCUCCCAGAAAAGGGAGACUACUUUCAGGAGCAUUCCGCAUUUUCCAAUUUGCAAAACGGAGGGGAAAUCCAACAUGAUAUACCCUCCUACAAAUCCUUCGACAGGGACCCAUACGAUUUCAACUUUGGAGGAAGUUCCUUCGAAGACCACAUCGGGGUAGGAGAUUUGGCGAGAGAAAAUCUCCAAGGGAAAAUGACAAAUAGGCGGCAAAGGCAAAGCAGUACAAGUGCAACACAGAGAAACGGUAGUAGCAAUAUGUACGCAGACAGUGACCCCCCUUCGUGGGGUGUCAGAAGGCGGGCUUUAUUUUCUGAUUCCAGUGGUCCAAGUGCAUCUUCCAGCGAUGUAGGAGAGGGUGCCCGAUGGAGCGGGGAGAGCAGAUCAAGAAAGGAAAACUCAGGGAAGGGUAGCGGAGGUACAGGUGUCCCUAAGCAGAAGAGUGACCUUCAUACGGGAAUAGCAAGACGAGUCGCAAAAAUGAAAAACUUAGUGAUCAACAAAUAUGGCACCUUCCUUCUAUUUACAAUAAUAUAUAUCUUAACCAUUUUUCAUGUGAUAGACUUCAAAAGGAACAACGACAUCGUGAGUGAAAUAAUUUUGAAUUCCCUCUACAGGGGUUUCCUCAUUUUUAUUUGUGCAGUCCAAGUGAUUUAUGCGUCGUGGGUAUUUGGCAUGAAGUUACAAAUGUCUCAGUGCGGAGUUUUCUCAUGCCUUUUAAACUUUUUCACCUGGGUGGUUGUACUACCCCUGCUGUCUGUAUUAUAUUUGAGGGAGGGCACUUGGUUCCAGGUGUUCCUGAUAGGGUUGUCGCUCAACGCGGCCACCGUGGCUACAUCCUUCGUGGAGGUUACUGUCAAGCUGCGCAGGGAAAGAGCCUCUAACAUUUCGCAAAAAAUAUCCAUGAAAGAGCAAGGAAGGGUAGGGCACCUCGCACAAAACUACCAACAGUACAGAUAUACAACCCUUUUUAAAAAAUGCCUGUACUGGCUAUACAUAGGUAACUUGGAGGUACUAAGAAGGAACAUGAAUAUAGCUAUGUCUGGGAAUGAUGAAAAAUACAUCCCUCCUUUUUGGACUUUUUUUCUCAAGUAUAUAAAUUCCUCUAUGCUUAUCGUAGCAGUUAUAUACAACACGCGUGAGUAUUUCUUCGAUAUGUUACCAAUGUUUGGCUGCUCCUUCAGCCUUCGAAUUGAGUUAAUCGCCAUCUUGUUGAUUUUUCUGGGGUCCUUGGCUGUUUUGGCUAACAACCUCCGCAAGGACCACUACCGGCCACAAGGUAUCAUCAUACCUUCCGUCCCGAUGUUCUGUCAAGACAAAAGCAGGUACAUCUUUUCGAGUUGA